UCUACAGCAACGCUUGCUCUGGCUUUGGCUGCAGCUCCUGAACUGCCAAUCUUGCUUCGCAUCUUAGGGCCCAGACUGGACAUGGCCUCGGCCACUGUGGCAGCUGCAAGGAGAGCGCUCCGCCGGGCCGUCCCGCUUCUCCGGCGCAGUUACCAGACGGAGAGGGGCGUCUAUGGCUACCGGCCUAGGAAAGCCGAGAACAGCGAGCCCCGAGGCGACCGUGCACACCUCUCAGUUGAUCAUGGCCUUGCCAGACUGGUGACAGCAUAUUGUGAGCAUGGUCACAAAGCUGCCCAGAUCAACCCUCUCUUCCCUGGACAAGCCUUGCUGGAUACUGUGCCCGAAAUCCAAGCCCUUGUACAGACACUCCAAGGACCCUUCACCACCACAGGACUGUUGAACAUGGGCAAAGAAGAGGCUUCUCUUGAGGAAGUGUUAGCCUAUUUGAACCAUAUCUUCUGUGGGUCAAUUUCUAUAGAAACCGCACAGCUUCAGAGCCAGGAGGAGAAAGACUGGUUUGCCAGAAGGCUUGAGGAGCUGAGAAAGGACACGUUUACCACAGAAGAGCGAAAACACCUGUCAAAACUAUUGCUAGAAUCUCAGGAGUUUGACCACUUUUUGGCCACCAAGUUUGCCACAGUGAAGAGAUAUGGAGGUGAAGGGGCCGAAAGCAUGAUGGGAUUUUUUCAUGAGUUGCUGAAGUCAGCAGCCUACGGCGGCAUAACUGAUGUCAUUAUUGGGAUGCCCCACAGAGGGAGGCUGAAUUUGUUGACAGGCCUUCUGCAGUUACCUCCAGAGCUGAUGUUCCGUAAGAUGCGCGGCUUAAGCGAAUUUCCAGAGAGUGUUGCAGCCAUAGGAGAUGUCCUGUCCCAUCUGACCUCCUCGGUGGACCUGGACUUCGGCGCCCACCACCCACUCCAUGUGACAAUGCUGCCUAACCCCUCGCACUUGGAAGCUGUGAACCCUGUGGCUGUAGGGAAGACCCGUGGCAGGCAGCAGUCGCUUGAAGACGGUGACUACUCACCACAUAGUUCUGCUCAGCCUGGGGACAAAGUCAUUUGCCUGCAGGUUCAUGGCGAUGCUUCUUUCUGCGGCCAAGGGAUUGUUCUUGAAACAUUCACGCUCUCCAACCUCCCACAUUUCAGAAUUGGUGGAAGUGUCCACCUGAUAGUCAAUAACCAGCUAGGUUACACCACUCCAGCAGAAAGAGGAAGGUCGUCCCUGUACAGCAGUGACAUCGGAAAGGUAGUAGGCUGUGCCAUCAUCCAUAUCAAUGGAGACUGUCCAGAGGAAGUAGUCCGAGCUACCCGACUUGCUUUUGAGUAUCAGCGCCAGUUCCGCAAGGACGUGAUUGUUGAUUUGUUAUGCUAUAGGCAGUGGGGUCAUAAUGAGCUUGAUGAGCCUUUCUUCACCAACCCAGCCAUGUACAAGAUCAUCAGAGCCCGAAAGAGCAUCCCUGAUACCUACGCAGAGCAGCUCAUCGCCAGCGGACUCAUGACCCAGGAGGAGGUUGCUGACAUAAAAGCCGCCUACUAUACCAAGUUAAAUGACCACCUGGCCAACGUGGCUCACUACAGCCCGCCUGCCACUAACCUUCGGGCCUGCUGGCAGGGCUUGGUGCAGCCGGAAGCGUGCGUCACCACCUGGAACACGGGUGUGCCUCUAGAGCUCCUGCGGUUCAUUGGCAUGAAGUCCGUGGAGGUUCCAGAGAAGCUGCAGCUGCACAGCCAGCUGCUAAAGAUGUAUGUGCAGUCAAGAAUGGAGAAGGUGACAAAUGGAACACAUUUAGACUGGGCCACAGCAGAAACCCUUGCUUUGGGCUCCUUACUUGCUGAAGGUUUCAAUGUUCGUCUGAGUGGCCAAGAUGUUGGCCGUGGGACUUUUAGUCAAAGGCAUGCAAUGGUGGUUUGCCAGAACACCGACGAUGCCUACAUUCCUCUGAACCAUAUGGACCCUAAACAGAAGGGCUUUCUAGAGGUCAGCAACAGCCCCCUGUCAGAAGAGGCUGUCCUGGGAUUUGAAUAUGGGAUGAGCAUUGAAAGCCCAAAGUUGCUGCCCCUCUGGGAAGCUCAGUUCGGCGAUUUCUUCAAUGGAGCACAGAUCAUCUUUGACACGUUCAUCUCAGGAGGAGAGGCCAAGUGGCUCCUGCAGAGUGGCAUUGUCAUCCUCUUGCCACACGGCUAUGACGGGGCGGGACCUGACCACUCAUCCUGUCGGAUAGAGCGGUUCCUACAGAUGUGUGACAGUGUAGAGGAGGGCGUGGACAGCGACACUGUGAACAUGUUUGUGGUGCACCCGACUACCCCCGCUCAGUAUUUCCACCUGCUCAGGAGACAGAUGGUCCGGAACUUCAGGAAACCUCUCAUCGUUGCUUCUCCCAAGAUGUUACUCAGGUACCCUGCAGCUGUGUCAACUCUUCAAGAAAUGGCCCCAGGAACAACAUUCAAACCUGUCAUUGGUGAUUCAUCAGUAGAUCCAAAAAGUGUUAAAACCCUCAUAUUCUGCUGUGGCAAACAUUUUUAUGCCCUGCUGAAGCAAAGAGAAUCUUUGGGAACCAAGAAGCAUGACUUUGCCAUCAUUCGAAUAGAGGAACUCUGCCCAUUCCCGCUGGACUCGUUACAACAAGAGAUGAGCAAAUACAAACACGUUAAAGAUGUCAUUUGGAGUCAGGAGGAGCCUCAGAACAUGGGUCCAUGGUGUUUUGUUUCUCCAAGGUUUGAGAAACAGCUAGCCUGCAAGCUCCGCCUGGUAAGCCGGCCACCUCUGCCAGCACCUGCAGUCGGAAUCGGCACAGUGCAUCAGCAGCAGCACGAAGACAUCCUCACCCAGACCUUCACGUUAUAACGUGCUGAGAAGUCAGCAUUGUCUUUUAAGCAAAGUGCAAUACAAGAAAGCCUGCUUCCUACACUCUCUCCCCUUUUCCCCUAGCUAGUGCAGAAGUCUGUCUUCCUCUGAAAUUCUGGACUGGUUUUGACAGCUGAAUCUGGAGGAAGUGGAAUAAGCAGGUGAAUUGAUUUUAUAAGUACAUGAAAUAUAUACUAGAUUUUAUCAUUGAAGGUUGGAUAUGAAUAAACUGGAAAAGAAGCUCAUUAGCCAGUUGGAUUCUGACCUCAAUGUAACUAAUUAUAAAGGAGCAGAAAAAGUUCUUUGGCCAGAAUGUGAGCUGUGUAUAGGCAACUCCAGCACUACCUCUUAAUUAGUUUAUUGAAUAUAACUUUCCUUAAUUUUUCUCCUUAAAGACCGAUGAACAGCAAUAUGUUUCUGUGAAAUGUCAACUCUUAGCCACUCUACAAAAUGUCCCAUCAGAUACCACUAAAACUGGACAAUUCCAGAUUCAUGUUCUUUCAGGUUUAUAUCCAUUAUCUUUAAAAAUAAAUUCUGUUAAAUACCAAUUUCUGAUUGUAUAAUCAGUCUCAUGUAGACCAGUGUGGCCUCAUACUCCCUGUAUAGCUGAGGAUGACCUUGAACUUCUAGUCUUCCUGCCUGUUGUCUCUUGAGUGUUGGCAUUACAGGGUUGUACUGGGCUUGUACAACCACGCCCAGUUAAUGCCAGUAAUGAGUACUGAACCCAGGGCUUCAGGAAUGGUAGGCAAGCACUGUACCAACUAAGCUAUAACCCUGGUCCCUAAUAAUUUUCAAAUUAUAAAGUAUUAACUGUAUUAAAAUGGACUUGUGGGCUUUUUUUUAACCUUUAAGUCCCCUUCCCCCCAUUAUAUUUAUUGCUCGACAUUUUCUAACUUUUAAAAUUACUUUGGUGUUUGUCUUUUGGUUUUUGUUUUUCUGUGUGUAGCUUUGGCUGUUUUGGAAUCUCUGUAGACUAGGCUGGCCCCAAACUCACCGAGAUCCACCUGCCUUGGCCUCUCAAGGGCUGGGAUUAAAGGCAUGCACCGCCAACACCCAGCAACUUUGAUGUUUGAUAGAGGGAUUUCAGUGUUAGAUUAAUCAUUUUUGUCUCUAAAAGUUGCAGGUACAAUUAUGAAUUCUAUUUUUAGCCACCUUCCAAACCAGGAACUUGGGGGUUCUUAGAGGUCACCAAGUGACUCACUCUGUUGGGAGUUAAACCUAGUGCUGGAGGCAGAUCUAAACAGUAGCUGUGUGGCUUCAUUUGAGUCGGCUCUGAGGAGCAGCUACAUGUCCCAUUCUUGCUCUAUGACAGUUUUUCUAAAAGGUGAUAGGGACAUAUUUAGGCCUGGAAUGCAACCAUUUUCUUGCCAGUUUUACCAGCAAUUAGACCAUGUCUUCCAUCAUUAAUGUAUUGGUGGUCCUGGCUACAAUAAUAGAGUCAUAAUGUACUUUUUUCUUUUUCUUUUUUUCUUUUUUUUUUGGUUUUGAUUUUGAGAUAGGUUCUUGCUAUGUAGCAGUGGCUGGCCUGGCACUCUCUAUGUAGAGGAGGCUGGCCUUCAACUCAGAGAACUCUCUGCCUUUGCCUUCUGAGUGCUGGGAUUAAAGUCGUAUACCACCUUGCCAGACUAUAAUUUGUGUUUUAAAAUAAUGCUUUAGUGUGCUUAUUUGACAUUUCCCUAGUAUUUGUCUUUCUUUUCUAUGACCGCUUUGUAUUUCUCUCUCUGUCUCUUUCUCUCUGCCUCUCUCCUUCUCUCCCCCUUCUCUCUCCUUCUCUCCCUUUUUCUCUCUCCCCUCCUCCUGUGUUUACUGGCGCUAUCACUGAGGCAGUCCUUCAACCCUUUACCUUUCUCUUCUUUCUUUAUCUUUUAGUCCUUUGUGUCAAGUCUUAUAAAUCUUGUAACUUAAAACUUAUUGAAAUCACUGAGUUUUCAAAGACCUAUUUAAAAGCAUAAUGUGUAUCCCUUGAUUUCUAAAAGAUUUGAAAACUCCAUAAAAUAAGAUGGAAGUUAAUAUAUUUAAAAAUACUUUUGUCUUUCUUUUUCUGACUUUCUUCCUAACACUGUGUCUCAUAAGUUCACUGUUUUUUGUUACUAUUUCAUGCUUUGAAAGUGCCUUCUGCCACUUUACCUUUCUUCAUCUCAACCACAUUUUAAAUUUUGUUGCAGAAAGGGACCAUUUGAAGAAUUCCAAAUCAAACAUACACUAGUGUAUUUUAUUCCUUUUAAAACUGUGACAUUAGUUUCUCAGAUGUACUGUCCAUAAUUAUGCUUGUUUAAAGUUAAGUGAAGCACAGAGCUUCAAUUUUGUAGUUAGUAGGUUGAACUAUUAAAAACCAUGGGAAAAGUUCAGUUUUGCUUAAAAUGACUUGUUAUUGUUUGCAAAAUAAAAAAUUAUACCUUGCAAGAAC